AGCGCCAACACCGGCCGGCGGGGCAAAGAAAAACCGCACAUCGCCACGUCUUCUUCUUCGUACCUUACGUCAUCACAUCUUUUUUCAUUGAGGUCUUUGUUAUUUAUUACUACUAUUAUUUCUCUUUCCUUCUUCUUCUGCUCGUCUCGACUGCAGCGCCGCGACCCACUACAAAACACAGCAGCAACAGCAACAGCAACCGAUAUAUAAAAUCAUCAGCGAAGGAACAAAGGAAAGGAGAAAGACGCCACAGAAGUGUUCGAUCAGCAAAGAAACGAAAACCCACAAAAACCCCCCAAAAGGCACUAUGGACACCCCCUCGUACCGCAAGGAGCUGGAGACGACGGUGCUGCGCCUGAUGGACGAGGCGAACGCGCGCCGGGUUGUGCCAGACCCGCGUGCGAUGCGCUACCAGCAGCUCGGCGAUGAGAACAUCCCCGUCGAGGGCACCGAGCAGCCGAACGGCACGCCGAUCUACCGCCACGCGAAGGUCUCGCCAGCCAUGCAGCGCCGUCUCGAGAACGAGUGGUACAACGGGCCCAACUUUGUGCAGCGCUUUGAGUCGCUGUGCAAGAGCCGCGGCAACAAGCGGGCCUUCGCCUAUCGUCCCACCAUUCGCGUCAGCCAGGAGCUGGUGCGGGAGCCGGAGAGCGGGCUGGAGCGUCUGUAUGACGUGACCUACUACGACGCGACGAAGUACCUGUCGUACACGGAGGUGUGGACGAUGAUCGAGAACUUCGGCCGCGGCCUGCGCGAGCUGGACAUCACCGUCGACUGCAAGGUCGGCAUCUACCUCGAGACGCGGUGGGAGUGGCUGGUGUCCGCCUACGGUGUGUGGUCACAGAACAUCGUUCUCGCGACAGUGUACGCGAACCUGGGCGAGGAGGCGCUGAGCGAGGCCUUUGCGGAGACAAGCUGCGCCGCGGUGGUGACGGUCGGCGAGCGGGUGCCGUCGCUCAUUGCGAUGAUGCGCCGCGGUGCGAUGCCGUCCUGCAUUCUCAUCUACCUGGAUGACCUGCCGGAGGGGAUUGACUCGGAGGGGGUGACGCUGAAGGCGUGGGAGGACGUGGUGCGGGACGGCGGCCUGUCCGCCUAUCCGAACAUGCUGCCGACGAAGAACGAUGCAGUGGCGCUGAUCAUGUACACCUCCGGCACGACCGGCGGACCGAAGGGCGUGGUGCACACCUUCGGCAGCAUCACGGCGGGGAUUAACGGCAUGGGCGGGCGGCUGAACGAGCUGUGCGGCCCGCAGGAGCCUGACGAGCGCUACGUCGCCGCCCUGCCCCUCGCGCACAUCUUCGAGUUCGCCGUGGCAAACAUCUUCCUUACGCGCGGGUGCUGGAUCGGCUUCGGACACCCCCGCACGCUGCUCAGCACCUACGCACGUCCGCACGGCGACCUCGUCGAGUUCAAGCCGAUCUUCCUCAUCGGCGUGCCGCGCAUCUUCGACAACUACAAGAAGACGAUGGAGGCGAGCCUGGCCCCGCGCGGGUCGCUGGAGCGCAAGAUCUUCGACCACGCCUUCGCCUCCCGCCUGAAGUACCUCCGUAGCGGCAUGGAGACCCCCUUCUGGAAUGAGGUGGUAUUCGCCCCGCUGCGCGAGAUGGUCGGCGGCCGGGUGCGCAGCAUGUUCGGCGGCGGCGGCCCGAUCAGCGCGCCGACGCAGAACUUCAUGAACGUCAUCCUGGGCGGCUUCAUCCAGGGCUGGGGUCUCACGGAAACGAUCGGCAACGGCGCGAAGCAGCUGGUCGGCGACUUGGAGCCCGUCUGUGUCGGUCAGCUGGAGCUUGCCUGCGAGUUCAAGCUGGUCGAUACGGAGGACUACAAGCACACGGACAUCCCCGAGCCGCGCGGCGAGAUCUGCCUGCGCGGUCCGAUGCAGUUCAAGGGCUACUACAAGAAGGAGGCGGUGACGAAGGCGGUGAUCGACGAGGAGGGCUGGUUCCACACCGGCGACGUCGGCGCGGUGGCCGACCGCGGUCGCCUGCGCAUUGUGAGCCGCAUCAAGUCGCUGGCGAAGAACGCGUUGGGCGAGUACAUCCCGAUGGAGAACCUGGAGUCCCUCUACGCGCAGUCCAGCCUCUGCGUGCCGAAUGGUGUGUGUGUCGUGGUGAACCCGUCGAAGUACUACGUCUGCGCCAUCGCCUGCACGACGGAGAGCAAGGCGAUCAUGUUCGCGCAGGAGCACGGGGUUAAAGGCGGGUGGCCGGCGCUGCUGAAGAACCCCGAGUUCCAUCGCUGCGCAACGGAGGCGUUCCGCGAGAUGGCAGUGCACGCAGGACGUGGUAAGCAGGAGAUCGUGCGCUACGUGCGCGUGGUGGCGGAUGAGUGGAGCUCGGAGAAUGGGAUGUUGACGGCGGCUGGUAAGCUGAAGCGCCACGCCGUCGCGGAGUUCUACAAGGACAUCAUUCGCACCAUGUAUGUGGACUAG